GUCUGGCGCGCGCGUUCCGUCGUUACUGCCGGAACGGUUGGAAAUAUUUUUUCGGCGAGAGAACGAGCGUCGCGUGAUACGUGACCGCGAUAUUAAGGUUAAUCCUGGCCCGUCUGUCAAAGUGGAAUCCCACCACAAACUUCGUCGACAGCACGCUCGCCGCGAUUAGUAAUUGAAGUGCUUUCGUCGUCGUUCGCGCGUAUAUCGAGAAGCGCGUUAAAGGGAGACGCGAAUCGCGGCGGAGAAAUGCAGAGGAAGAAAGAGAGAGCCGGGGAAGAGCGACGAGGAUAACAGUAACUGAAUCGGAGACAGCGAUGGCAGAGAAACGUAAGAAAAGACGAAUGGGGGGAAGGACAACGCGGACGAUGAAAUAAACACGCACAGAGACGAAACAAAGGAAGCGAGAAAGAGAGAAGUGACUGACCGACGAUGGCGUUGCAUAGCACGAGCCCGUAGAUACCGAUAUUUGUUUCAAUCAGCACGAUUACAGAAUUCAAUUAAACGGUCAGUAAUCAAACGCGACAGGUCUGUCACGAUAUCAGAUUUCGUUAUUUGCACGGGGAUCUCUAACGACGAUUUUUCCAGCUUGGAAAUGACAGGCGAUUCGAUCUGCUUGGGUCCUGUGCGCUAUAUAAAACGAGAUCGAGGAAGGCUCGUUUGUACAAUAGUGGCUCGACUUACAAUUUCGAACCGAAGGCUUUCGCUGUAUACGAAGCACGAAGGAAAAUAUAAUCGUCAUGAAUCGAAUAAAUUACAUCAUUAUGUUUGCUGCCGUCGCGAUCAUGGGGUAUGAUGCUUAUGAGAUCUGCAAGAGGUGCAACGUCAGUUACUACAUUCGACCAAAAAGAGACGAUGGAACAACGCGAAACUCUUACCAUCCUCGUCAGAGCGUUCCUCUUCUUCGGGACGUCUCUUAUCUGGCGGAAGAAGACUACGACGAAGUACAAGAAAAAAAACAAACCGAACAGCAACCCCUAGAUAGAGAUAAUAGAAAUUUAUUGUCGGGUUACCGUAAUCUUUGCGAAAUCGUUACGAGAAAGGUGCAAUUAGAAGAUACCGAGUACGAGUACCAACCGCCGCAUUACUACGAAGUCUAUUGUAAAAAUAACUCUUUUCACGGCAACAGCCAGCACACUAUGAGUUCAUCGAAGCAGAAAUGCGUACACCCUGGAUUUCACUGCGUGCAAAGAGGUCGACCUCUAUACUUGGUAAGGCGACGAUGGGACAGCGAAUGUUGGGAACCUUUUGUCAAAGAGAUCGCCAGUGGUUGCGACUGCAUGUGGCCAGAGGCUGUACUCGGAGACAUAACUGACCAUUAUUCGUUUCCACGUGAAUGAAAUUUAGGUAGAUCAAGGAUUGAUCGAAACAUAAUAAUAUUGUUUAAAUUUUCCCUAGCAUCACUUUUUAAUCUAG